AUGGCAAUCACAUUGUUCAUUGUGUUCUAUUCAAUGUAUGGACAUGUCGAGAAAUUGGCACGAGAGAUGCAGAAAGGGGCUGCAUCAAUUGAAGGCGUUGAAGUCAAGCUAUGGCAGGUGGCGGAAACUCUUCCAGCUGAGAUUCUUGCCAAGAUGGGUGCACCCCCGAAAGGGAAUGCACCAAUCAUUGCACCUGAUGACCUUGUUGAAGCUGAUGGAUUUGCUUUUGGUUUUCCAACAAGAUUUGGAAUGAUGCCUGCUCAAUUUAAGGCUUUUUUUGAUGCAACUGGUGCAAUCUGGAAGAAUCAGCAGCUAGCUGGCAAACCAGCUGGUAUUUUCUACAGCACAGGUUCUCAGGGUGGUGGUCAAGAAACUACUGCGUUGACUGCGAUUACGCAACUUGUUCACCACGGAAUGAUUUUUGUUCCAAUUGGUUACACAUUUGGGGUUGAUAUGUUCGAUAUGGAGGAUAUCAAAGGUGGAAGUCCUUAUGGUGCUGGAACAUUUGCUGGUGAUGGUUCAAAACAGCCUACUGAGGUUGAAUUGGAGCAAGCUUAUUAUCAGGGGCAAUACAUUGCAACCAUCACUAAGAAGCUUAAAGGCUCUUCUGCCUAAAUCUUUAGUUAACUACUUGCAUUCUAUAGUUCCGUUUCUUUAUGUUUAGAAAAAAAAUACUCUGGUUAAGAGUUAAGUAAUUGGUAAUACUCUGGUUAAGAGUGAAGUUAUUGGUAUUGAAUAAAGAAUGCAAGUUACAAAUUGAAAUU